UUAUUUGUUAUUUGCAGUUGUGAAAGAUUAAAUUGUAGCGUCUUCUACUGUCAGCUCUUUGAAGUUUAUGUCUUUGUGUAGUAGGUGAAAGUCUUUGCGAUCUCGGACGGCAAGAUGUUAUCGGGUGCCAAGAUCAUUAAAAGCGGCGGCGGUGAGCCGGACGCUUUCGAAACUUCAAUUUCACAAGCACUCCUCGAUCUGGAAAUGAAUAGUGAUUUGAAGGCGCAACUUCGCGAAUUGUAUAUCACAAAGGCGAAAGAAGUUGAACUAAACGGCAAAAAGUCAAUAAUAAUAUAUGUACCAAUUCCACAACUGAAAGCUUUCCGUAAGAUUCAGAUACGCCUUGUGCGAGAAUUGGAGAAAAAAUUCACAGGAAAGAAUGUGGUCUUCAUUGGAGAAAGGAAAAUUUUACCCAAGCCAACCAGAAAAACUCGCACAAAGAAUAAGCAAAAGCGACCAAGGAGCCGCACAUUGACAGCAGUAUAUGAUGCCAUUCUGGAAGAUAUAGUUUUUCCUGCUGAAAUUGUUGGAAAGAGGAUCCGAGUGAAGCUGGAUGGAUCCCAGCUCAUCAAAGUGCACCUAGACAAGACUCAGCAAACAAACAUUGAGCAUAAGGUUGACACCUUCGCAUCUGUCUACAAGAAGCUAACGGGAAGGGAAGUGACAUUUGAGUUCCCAGAAACUUAUUUGUAACAAUAUUUGUAAGACAUUAAAAUGGUUAUUUAAA